AUGCCUUGUGUUCAUGAUAUUGUUCGAAAUGGAUUUUGUAGCCAAUGCAGAUCAGUUGUGGCCACUCGAAGCAAUGCUCUUAUACCUUUCAGUUACCUAGUCAACGGUUUAGAGUUGCGUCCCGAAUUUGUGGGGGCUAUGAAACGCCAAGUUUGGAUCAAGUCUCUAGAGGAUAAGAGACUGAAUUUAGUCCUUGGUCUACGCGGCACGCUCUACGACGCCCGACGAGUUUCACUGCUCUCGGACGGGGAGAAGUAUCUAACCGGAGAAGUUGACUCAAGGUCCGAUCUGUGGCGAUCAAAUAAAGUCUUUCAAGAUCACAGCGAGGCUUUGUUUAAGCUACGACCGUUCGUUCACGAAUUCUUGCGUGAAGCGAACAAGCUUUUCAAGAUGCAUGUGUUCGAGCUUUGUAACCCUAAACACGCCCAAGAAGUGAUAUCGUUGCUUGAUCCUCACGGAACUUACUUUGAGAAACGCAUCAUCACAAACAGAGAUAGCGAGAUGAAGAAUCUAGAUCUUGUUUUGGCUGACGAGCGUGGGCUUGUCAUCCUAGACGAUAAGAACGGUUAUUGGUGGCCCGAUGAUGUAACAAACCUGCUCGAAAUCGUGCCUUACCACUUUUUCAAGCGUGAGGAAAACGAUACUUGGAUCAUGAAACUUGUGGACGUUUUCAGGAAAAAGUUGUUGAAUAUAGACAUUGACGAAAGUGAUGCACAAGAGAGAGGAGACGAGAGCGCUGAGGAUGGUGGGUUGGCGAAUGCUCUUGCAUUACUUAAAGAGGUGCAUUCUAAAUUCUUCGAUGGAGACGAUAAAGAUUCAAGAGAUGUCAGGGCAUUGCUUUUCCCUUAA